GACACACUCUCUCUCUCCCUCCCUCACACUCUGCCUGCCUUCAGCAGCAUCUGACGGCUGCAUCCUCUUCUCUCUGAAGCACCGCGGCUCCUCCAUCCUCCUUCUCUGCGUCGUCUGCUCCUGACACUCUGACCGCUGCAGGACUCCUUUGUGUCUCUACGGGGGCCCUUGUUGUCAUUUCUCCCCUUUUUUUAGGGAGAAAGAGAAUUACAUGGACAUGAUGGGGAACAAAGAGCGACGAGGCAUGAAUUUCAAAGGCUUGCUGAGGAGGAACUGGCUUCUGAUUGCCACGAUUAUCUCUGUGCUGCUCGGGAUCAGUUUGGGCGUCGUGGUCAGAGAGUAUGCGUCACUCUCAAACCUCCACAAACAGUACUUUGGUUUCCCAGGAGAGAUCCUGAUGAGGAUGCUGAAGCUCGUCAUCCUCCCGCUCAUCAUUUCCAGCAUGAUAACAGGUGUUGCAGCUCUGGACUCCGAGGUGUCAGGAAAAAUUGGCCUGCGCGCUGUAAUUUAUUACUUCUCAACAACCAUCAUAGCCGUUAUUCUUGGUAUUAUUUUGGUGAUGACCAUCAAACCAGGCGUCUCUCAGACGGCCGAUCACAUCGACAGAGCGGGGACGACGCCCAACGUCACAACCGUCGACACACUCCUGGACCUCGUCAGAAACAUGUUUCCAGAAAAUCUGGUGCAGGCUUGUUUCCAGCAGUACAAGACCAAGCGCAAAGAGCUGGAGCCUCCAAGAGCUUCGUCCAACAUCAACGCUACAACCACCUCCAUUCCCCCGCUCACGACCACCCUCGUCUCAGUCGUAGAGAAUAUAACCAAGGAAUAUAAAAUCGUCGGGUCGUAUUCGGAUGGAAUCAACGUGUUGGGGCUUAUCGUGUUCUGUGUUGCUUUUGGCCUCGUCAUCGGAAAAAUGGGUGAAAAAGGACGGAUCCUCCUGGAGUUCUUCGAUGCCCUGAAUGAAGCAACCAUGAAGUUGGUCCAGAUCAUCAUGUGCUACAUGCCGGUGGGGAUCUUGUUCCUAAUUGCUGCAAAGAUCAUCGAGGUGGAGGACUGGGAGAUCUUCAGGAAGAUGGGUCUUUAUAUGGUGACGGUGCUGAGUGGUCUUGCUAUACACUCCACAAUCUGUCUGCCGCUCAUCUACUUCAUCAUCGUAAGGAAGAACCCGUUCACCUUCACGCUGGGGAUGGCUCAGGCUCUGGUGACGGCGCUCAUGAUCUCCUCCAGGUCAGCAGUAACAAUACUCUUAACAUCGACGUUAUCAAUAACUCAAUUUUGUGUGCAAACCUAUAAGGGCCUAAAACCGAUCCCUGUGUUGUCCCCCAGCUCUGCCACCCUGCCCGUCACCUUCAGAUGUGCCGAGGAGAACAACCGCAUCGACAAGAGGAUCACCCGUUUCGUCCUCCCAGUGGGUGCUACCAUCAACAUGGACGGCACAGCGCUCUACGAGGCGGUGGCCGCAAUCUUUAUCGCCCAGCUGAACGACUACGCUCUAGAUGUGGGGCAGAUCGUCACCAUCAGUAUAACAGCAACAGUUGCCAGUAUCGGAGCAGCAGGAGUCCCCAACGCUGGGCUUGUUACCAUGGUGAUAGUCUUAACAGCUGUUGGAUUACCUGCAAGUGAUGUCACUCUGAUCGUCGCUGUGGAUUGGCUGCUGGACCGCUUCCGUACCAUGAUCAACGUUCUUGGCGACGCUUACGGAGCCGGAAUUGUCCAGAAACUGUCAAAGAGGGAACUGGAGCGGAUGGAUCUGACAUCAGACGUGGACGUCGCCAACCCCUUCGCUCUGGAAGCCACUUUGGACGACGAGGAGUGCGAGAAGAAAUCCUACGUAAACGGCGGCUUCACCGUCGACAAGACAGAUGCGAUCUCGUUCACUGAAACCUCCCAGUUUUAGCCUCCGACCGGCUCAGAGGAGCAGAGAAAGUGCCACGCUGCUACGGAUGUAAAACCCCCCUUCCUUCAUGUAUCAGCACCAUGACGUGAGAGGGAAAAAAAACAUCCAAAUCCAGCUCCCAUCCAAGCUCAGACAUCAGCAAUAGCAGCCUCCAUUAAGCUAACCCAAGAUGAUCACGCUUCAUGUCGGACAUUUACAACCACGACUAGAUUAAAGUGCUUCCUUCUUACUCUCAACAUGUGCCAAGAUGAAGAAAAGUCUGUUUUCUUUUAUGUGAGGCUGUGCUUUUCUUGCAAAGACGCACUCAUAAGAAGAGCUGUUUGUGUGUGAGUGCAUGAGGACGUUUAUGUAGCGUGUAUGAGGUGUGUGCGUGUGUGUGUGAGUGUGUGUGUGUGAAGAAAUAUCUAUUAAACUCAAACUGUAAUCCUGAUGUGAAAUGUCAGUUUAGUACUUAUUUACUCCUUUAUUAUUCUCUCAAAUGAUCUUCUCUGUGUGGCUGUGUCGAAUGUCUAUGUCCCAUAAUGCACUGCUUGUAUAUCUAUCUGUGUGUCUAAACUGUGCCAAACAUAUAAAGAACGUUUUUACGAAGAUGCAUGAAGCAAUAUGUUAAAGAAAUGCUCGCCGCUGGCUGCAGAACGCAGGUUUUUUUAACGGAGACUUCACUGAGACUGGGAAACGGUUAACGAGGCUUCUGAAGUCAUUGAACACUGUGAACUCUGAGGACAUUUUUCAGAACCGAAUCACCGACAUUCAUUGGUUUGAUUUUGACGUUUAUGAUUAUUAACAGUGUGUGUGUUUAGGCGGGGUGGGGGGGAGGGGAGAUGACCUCCUCGAACAACUGUGUUUCAAUCAUAACUUAAUAGAUAUAAAAAUGUAAUUACUGGAAAGACUGAGUUUUAUCAUUUAUUUUUCUUCUCGUUUGGCUUCUGUUUUUUCACUGUGUUGUCGGCUUAAGGGCUCAACUAUGGUGUAGACGCUUUGUGCCGGUGAGGUUGGUCCAUGGUCGGGCUGAAAUAAAACAUCAAUAAU